CAUACCAUUUGAUAAAUUUAUGAAUGACGGACUGCAUCAGCAUCAUUACCUAGUUGAGAUUGCUGAAAUAGGACUAAUAGAAUGGGUCGCUACUCAGGAAAGACUUGUCGUCUGUUGACCAUGUUAUCAAUGACAGCUUCCUUCUUCUUGGUGGAAAUCAUUGUUGGCUACGUCACCAAUUCCAUCGCUCUAGUUGCCGACUCCUUCCACAUGCUUUCAGAUGUAGUUUCACUUAUAGUUGGAUUUGCAGCAGUUCGUAUUUCCAAGUGGACAACAGAGAGGAACACAUAUGGUUGGGUUAGAGCUGAGGUUUUAGGUGCUUUAAUUAAUGCAGUGUUUCUGAUUGCUCUGUGCUUCUCCAUCCUUGUCGAGGCACUCAAACGUUUGGUGGAUGUAGAAAAGAUAGAUGAUCCGAAAUUGAUGCUCAUCGUUGGUGGAGUGGGCUUACUUGUAAAUUUAAUUGGAUUGGUGCUCUUCCAUGACCAUGGUCACUCACACGGAGGUGGAGGAGGAAGACAUGGUCACUCACAUGGAAAGAGCAAACAACGAGAAGAAGAAUCUCUUGUAAAGAAGGAUGGAGACUCUACACCUAAUGGGGAUGCUGUUGAACCUGGUGUACCACACAAUAGUCAUAUAUCUAACAUGUCUAUUGUGUCUAUAGAGAAUGGCAAUGCUGGUCCAUCGAGUGCUCAGUUGAAUAUGAGAGGUGUGUUUCUACACGUGCUGGGAGACGCAUUAGGUUCAGUGGUUGUAGUGGUGUCUGGACUGGUCAUCUGGUUUGUGGAGGCUGAAUGGAAGUAUUAUGUGGACCCUGCUAUGAGUGUCGUCAUGGUCAUAAUCAUCCUUUUCACAACCAUACCAUUACUGAAAGAAUCGGGGUAUAUACUUCUACAAGCUGUGCCAGAUCAUAUACAACUGGAGGAAAUCGAGAAGAAAAUCAGAAAGAUUGAUGGCGUCACAGAAAUGCAUGAGUUCCAUGUAUGGCAGCUAAGUGGUAAUAAGCUGAUUGCCUCUGUCCACAUAUCAAUGCAUACUGAUAAUGUGGAGGAAUUUGAGGUCAUGGCACAAAAAGUCAAAACUUUGUUACAUACAGUUGGGAUCCAUUCUUGUACAAUACAGCCUGAAUUCGGGGAGGUUAACCAAGAGAACAUACGAAGCUGUAGACUGGAGUGUGGUCCGGAGAAGACCUGUCAUCCUGAUACCUGCUGCUCCCAGAAACCUAAGAAGAAAAAAAAUAGCAGUUCUAGUUCAAGAGAAGGUGUACAGAUGUCAUCUCUGUCCAAUGCCCCUGAGGUGGAGCCUACUUCACAUGGGACUGUGUGACACUGAAAUACCCAUCCUAGUUCAUUGUUCUCAUCAACUAGAAUAGAUAAACACAAAAAUGUAUUUUCUACUUCUUCAGCCAUUAGAACAGAAGAUAUCAGACCAAUCUCAUGGUCCUCCCUGAAGGCAUCAAGUGAACGACGUCUGAUAGUAGAAGUAAUGGAUGCAUUUAUAAUUACUGAAAUUAUAAAGGAAUUUAAUUAUCAACAUAACUGUUACGAUAUCCAGAAUGAAAAGAUAUACUGAUAGUUAUAUUAAAAUCUCUGGGAAUUUUCAAGAAUAUUACAUCAUAGUGAUUUCAGUAAAAUUACAUAAUUAAUAUUUUUUUCAAGUCAUUUGAAGAGUAAUCUGUUGUCAAUGCCUUAGUUUUUCAAGAGUAACAUUUGAACAGGAAGAUAAUGUUGACAUGUUA